AUGGCCCUCUUCCUGACCUGGGAAUCGGGUCAUGUUCCCGAGGAGGGAUAUGUGGUGACCAGCUCCCUCUCCGCCCUCACCCUGAGCUAUCGGAAGGAGCCUGCCGGUCACCUGUACCAUCUCUUCGCCCUCAAGCAGACCGGCCUGCAUGAGGAGUCGGAGGAAGAGGACACCGCUGCAGACGAUGAGGCCGGCGCAAAGUCCAGGAGCAGCAGCGUGAACGACUUCUCCUCUCUGGAUGAGGAGGCCACGUCUGGCACAAAAUGGAAGGGCAAGGGAAAGAAGAAAGGGAAGAAGAAGGGUCACGGCGAUCUGUAUGCUCUGCUGGGCCUCCAGAAUGAGCGGUGGAUGGCCACCCCAGACCAGAUCAGGCUGGCCUACCGAAAGUCUGCGCUGCUUCACCACCCAGAUAAACAGGGCAUCCCCAGUGGGGACGAGGUUGGGAAGCAGGAAGCAGAGGACAAGUUCAAGGCCAUCCAGGAGGCGUAUGAGACCCUGUUUGACCCCGCCAAGCGCCGCGAGUUCGACUCCCUGGACGAGUUUGACGACUCGCUGCCGGGGGAGGUGGAAUCGGCAGAGGCCUUCUACACGGUGUAUGGCCAGGCCUUCUCCCGCAACAGCCGGUGGGCUGUGCACCAGCCCGCUCCAACGUUGGGGGAUGACACCAGCAGCUAUGAGGAGGUGGACAAGUUCUACGACUUCUGGUACGGCUUCAAGUCCUGGAGGGAGUUCCCCCACCCAGAUGAGGAGGACAUUGAGCAGGCGGAGGGUCGCGAGCACAAGCGCUGGAUCGAGCGCAUCAACGCGAAGCUGAGGGAGAAGGGGACCAAGGCGGAGGCGCGCCGCAUUCGUGAGCUGGCGGAGAAGAAGGCGACGCAGAAGGAGCGCGCGGCGCUGCGCCGGGUCUGGGCCGCGCAGACCGAUCUGCACGCCGCCGUGGACGAGGACGCGGUGGAACAGCUGUGCGCGGGGUUGGCCCUGGCGCAGCUGCGUGACCUGAACGCGGAGCUCUCCCGGGUGGGCGCGGAGCUGGAGGAGCGCCUGGCGGCGCUGGACGCGCGCCUGGCGACCGUGCGGCUGCUGCAGAAGGCGCUGGACAAGUGGCCGGCGGGGACGGCCAAGCGCUGGGAGGUGGUGCAGGGCUACGUCCGCACCCGCACCACCGACGAGAUCCUGGACAUGGUCAAGCACGGGCUGAAGGCCCACGCUGCGCGCGCUGUGCCCCAGACCUACGAGGUGGCGGCCAAGCGCCAGGGCAACACCGUCAUCCGCAGCGAGGCCACGGAGCGGCACACCAGCUUCACUGACGUCGACGUUCCGGCAGUCAACGGCAGCAAGCCUGGGACGGCCUCCCCCGAGGCAGCUGCCCCCGUGCAGUGGACCGAGGCGCAGGAGCUGGCGCUGAUCAAGGCGCUCAAGGUGGUGCGGAAAGAGGUCCCCGACCGCUGGGAGGUGGUCAGCAGCCUUGUCCCCGGCCGGACCAAGGCCGACUGCUUCACGCGCUUCAAGCAGAUGAAGGCAGCGCACAAGGCCAAGACCGGCAAAUGA